UCGUUACGGCCGCGGCAUCAAGAUGAGCAGCAGGGCGUCUAUGUCGCGAUCACCGAUGGGGGUGAUCUCCGAGUCCAGUGAAUGUCAGGGGAGUGAGGUGUCUUGGUCUCCUCGCAACGAGACACAGUCUCCCACUGGCAACGACGAUGAAUACGACACAGACCUCGAGGUAGAAGAAGAAACGGAGACCUUUGACAUGACAGGGAGGAAUCGCUACAUCAACGCCUGCAAAAGCCACGGGAUAGUUCCUGCUAGUUACUUCCUCCGUCACAUGCAGGACGAAGAACUCAACAUGCAACACCACGGCCUUGGAGCUGUCGGGGUCAAGGUCAUGUCAUUUCCGCUACAGAUUAACACAUCGGUUGUGAAUUUGAACCUGGAGGACAACUGGAUGGAGGGGGAAGGGGGAGUGUAUGUGUCCGCCAUGCUGAAAGAUAACUGUUUCAUUUCAGAGUUGAACAUCGCCUGGAACAAGCUAGGUCGACGAGGAGCUCUAGCCGUCUGCGAUAUGCUAAUGUCAAACACCACGCUAGAGGUGCUGGAUUUGACAGGGAACCAAAUCACUGAUGCAGAGGCGCAAUACAUAGCUGAUGCUUUGAAUGAAAACAACCGCGUAAGAAUAUUAAAACUUGGUCACAACCAGCUCGGGGAUGCUUCCGCGGCUUUAUUAGGUCCAGCAAUUUGCGAAAACGACACGGUUGAAGAAAUCGACUUGAGCUGGAACUACUUCCGACCCAAAGGAGCCAAGUACCUUUGUGACGGCAUCAAAGCAAACACCAGACUAAAGAUUGUGGAUUUUUCUUUCAACGGAUUUGGCAACGAAGGAGCAAUUGGAGUUUACGACAUCCUGAAGUUGAACCAAGUGCUGACCGAUCUGAGACUCAGCUACAACCGAAUAUCAACCCCCGGAGCACUGCUAAUCGCUAAAGGCAUGGAGGCAAACGAAAUGCUGAAGAUACUGACAUUGGAUCAUAACCCAAUCGGAGUGGAUGGUACGAAGGCUAUUCUAAGAGCCAUAAUGUCGGAAAAUUGUGCCAUCACCCAGUUCGACAUAUCAGGUGUCGAGGUGGACAAGGAAUUCAUAGCUACAAAGAAGGAGUUCCAAGAGGGCAAAGACGUCACAAUCCUGCACGGCUUGGUUCUUGGGGACUACGUCAUCAAGCCACGCCCGAAGAAGAAGUCGGCCAUGUUGUUUAACGUUCCCAUUGCGGAGGUAAACGCAGGGAAUUUAUUCGAACAUCUAAAGCGUUAUUGCGAGGAGGAAAACGUCAACGUUGUUGACGUUCUGUUGUCGUUGGACAAGCGACGUGAACAACGACUCGCGGCGACAGACGUCAUCAGCACCAUCGUGACAUCGGGACUCCCGAUCACGGAGGAACAAGUGAACAUCGUGGUGUCGCUGCUCAGUGAGAUGGAGAAUAGCGACGGCUUCGUGGACAUCAGCCCCCUCGUCGGUGUCGACAGCUGAUACGACUACUACAUGGUCACAGGACUUGUAAAUGCGUUAUAUAUGUUGAUGUUAUUCAUAAAAUAUUCAGCGUGCCUGAAGUGAUUUUGUUGUUGGUAAAAUAUGUCCAAAAUGGGGGUUGGAUGGUCGCGAUUUGAUAACCACCUCGCAGCCAAUGGGUCCACUUGUACAAAGCGAUCUUAGCGCUACGACUAUCGUAAGCAUAAUUAGCACUAAGAUGGUUUUUCUAUAAGUGGAACCCUGGUCUCUCACAUUUCGAACAGUGACUAAACCGUACUAUUUGUAUAUUUUAUAAAUAUGAUUAAUGAUUUGACGGUGAUGAUGGUCACUUCGGUGCCGUUAUAUUGGCCUUCUAGGGCAUGCAUUGGCCAUUGCGUUGUAACUGAGUGCAUUAUGCAUAUUGUAUGUUUUCAUGACCUGUACAUAAACUGCUUAUUAUCAACUACGUGCGUACGAAUGAAAUAUGCUUAUCUGUUUCUGUUUUGAUAAUGUCAUCGCGCUUACACACACCUAUAUAUAUAUAUAACAUUGUUAGUCCCUGUAAAUCAUGUCAGUCUGUACAUUCCGUGUCUUCAGAGUAAAUACCCAGACGAUUCGUGUUGUGUGUAUUUCAAUAACAUGCAUAAAUUAUUAUUUCUA